GAUCGGUGCCGCGGCCAAUGAUCGGCCAACCGACCGCGAACGCCGCGGCUGUGGCGCUGACCGUGGCGAUCGUGGCCGUGGUCGCGCUGUGCACACCUGCCGCGUUUGCGGCCACGCUCACGCGGGUCGUGCAGACCCGGUACGGCAAGCUUCAGGGCGUGGUGCGCACCGUGGACGUGGCCGACUCCGCGGCCGCCACCGUCGACACGUUCCUGGGCGUGCCGUACGCCACUCCGCCCGUCGGCUCCAAUCGGUUCGGACCCACACGCACCCCGUCGCCCUGGGACGGCGUCCGCAUGGCCGACACCCCGGGCCCCGUGUGCCCGCAACGCUUGCCCGACGUGUCCAACGAGACGGCAGCACUAAACCGCAUGCCCGUGGGCCGGCUCGUCUACCUCAAACGUCUGUUGCCGUACCUGCGCAACCAGUCCGAAGAUUGCCUGUACUUGAAUAUCUACGCCCCGUCCCAAGGAAGUAGAAUUAUCCGCAAGUAUCCCGUACUGGUUUUCAUACAUGGAGAGUCGUAUGAGUGGAAUUCCGGAAACCCAUACGAUGGCCGAGUGUUGGCCAACAACGCAGAAUUAGUUGUUGUCACGUUAAACUACAGGCUCGGCAUAUUAGGAUUUUUAAACGCCAACGGUUCGCCUAACUCAAGAGCCCGUGUGGCCAACUACGGUCUCAUGGAUCAAAUAGCUGUGCUCCAUUGGGUGCAGCAGAAUAUCGCGCUAUUCGGCGGUGAUCCGGAGAACGUCUCUCUGAUGGGUCACGGGCCCGGAGCCGCUUGUAUAAAUUUCUUAAUGAUAUCGCCGACCGUAGUUCCAGGACUUUUCCGUCGAGCGAUACUGCUGUCGGGCUCGGCACUGAGCAGCUGGGCUCUGGUCGAGGACCCUGUGUCAUACGCACUGGACCUGGCCAAACAGGUGAAUUGUACAACUGAUGGGACCGGAAACAACCCGGAACCAAUCGUGGAUUGUUUGCGGGAAGUGCCUCUAGAUAUGUUGAUGUCUGCCGGCGUUGCGUUACCCACGUACCUAAGCGCGUUUGGACCUAGCGUUGACGGAGUGGUGGUCAAGAGCAAUUAUCAGGAAGAUGUCAUCACAAAUUUACUGCCUGAAUUUGAUGGGUACAGUGGGUCCAGCGUAGCUUUUGGUGCCCGCAAGUUUCAAAAAUUCGAAUUUGGUAGCGGCAUUAACAAGUAUGACCUGCUGUUUGGCGUUGUCACGAGCGAGGCGCUUUGGAGGUUCAGCUCCAAUGAUAUACAGGCUGGCUUUGAAGGAGAGCGCCGAGAUAAGAUCUUGCGCACGUAUGUUCGAAAUGCAUACAGCUAUCACCUGUCCGAGAUAUUUUUCACCAUCGUCAACGAGUACACAGACUGGGAACGGACUGUCCUACACCCAAUAAACACCAGGGACGCGACGAUUGCGGCGCUCAGUGACGCCCAGUACGUUGCACCUCUGGUGCACACCGGUGACAUGCUAAGUCAGCCGAAGACACCGGCCACCGACGACCUCAACAAGGAUCGGAGGACCAAAUCAUUUUUCUACGUAUUUGACUAUCAGACCAGGGACGGCGACUAUCCACAGAGAAUAGGUACUGCUCAUGGAGAAGAACUUCCAUAUAUGUUCGGCGCCCCGAUGGUAACUGAUGGUAUGAAUCAUUUUUCCAGAAAUUUUACAAAAGCAGAAGCUUUGUUGUCUGACGCUAUGAUACUCUACUUGGGAAAUUUUGCAAGAACUGGGGAUCCCAACGAUCACGAUGAUAAGCCAGAUUCCGGAUCCAAAGAGCGAAACAGGUUUCGAAGCGUCACAUGGGAUGAAUAUGAUCCAGUGCAUCAAAAAUAUUUAGAAAUAAGCAUGAAGCCCCGUAUGAAGAACCAUUUCCGGGCGCACCAGCUGUCCGUGUGGUUGCGGCUCAUACCGGAACUGCACCGGGCCGGCAUGGAGGACGUGAUGCUGCGGCAUAACCUGUUCCGGAACCACGAUGACGCAGAACUGUACGAGGGCGUGGUGAGGCCAGACCCGCUGUCCAGGCGGGCGCCGCAGCGGGCCACGGUAAACCGAUUCACGGCAAAUGGCACGGUGGCCGAAGUGGUGCAGUCGCUGACCACCACGAGUCGGCCACAAUGGCCGGUGGCGGAAACGACCACGUGCCUGCCGCCGGCGCGCGGCCCGAACGCGGCCAACGCGUCUACGUCGGCCGAGGACGCGCUGGCCACGCUGGGCGCGGCUGGUUACGCAGCCUACUCGACGGCGCUGCACGUGACCAUCGCGCUUGGUGUGUCGUUGCUAGUGCUCAACGGCCUAUUGCUGGUGAUCAUAUGUUACCAGAAAGACAGGUUCAAAUGUCUGCAACACGACCAACAGCACCAACACCAGCAGACGAUCGGCGGCCAGGAGGACUCGGUUAGGUACAAGGCGGCCGCUGUGCCGGACGACAGGCAGUCGGCCGUGGUGGCGGUGGACAAGGUGGGUGGUUACGACGGGCGCCACCACCAUCUGCAGCAGCACCACCAUCCGCCGGGGCAGCAGAUGCACUUGGGUGCGAACGCCGUGGCCGUGGACAUGGAGCAGAGGCAUCACCACCAUCACGGGGCCGGCGGCCACCAUCCGCACCACCACAUGCAUCACCAUCACGUGCCGACCACCGUCGGGGGACAACAUUCUGUGCCGCCGUCGCAGACGACUACGACCGCGACGGCGACGACGACCGCGCAACAGCAGCAGUUGUCGGCGGCCACAGCGGCGGUGCGCGUGGCCGCCGGACACGACAUGACGUUCCCGAAAGCGGUCAAACCGUCAUCCAGACUGCUGCACGACCACCAGAUGAUGGGCGGGGGUGGCUGUCCCCCCAACGGGUCGUUGGUGCACGGCACACUGCCCAAACCUCCGCCGCCGCCAAGGUCGUCGGUGGGAGUGCAGUCGCAGGAGUCGCAGCCGCUGCUCGUGCAGCAGGGCGUGGGCAUUGGUCAGAUGCCCAAAACCGGUACGCUCAAGAUGCCCGUGGCCGCCAUGAGUGAAAUGAGGGUCUGACCGUCGCUCCUGUCUAUCCUGCUGCACCUGCAUUCGCCGUGUUCGUGCUGACCAGCGCAGUCCGCGCAGUGUAUGAAAGAAAUGCAACGGUUGUUAUAUGUCGCCGUUGUGGUCCUGGUCGUCCGUGCGAUUCCGUGUGUUAUAAAAUAGGAUAUCGCUAUCUAUUCGGCAUUAAGUAUGAAUAACACUAGCGGCUUGAAAAUAAUACCGAGGUUAAACAUACUUCCGGGUGGCCCUCCUCCAACGCGAUGCGCCGUGCCGAACGACGCUACUAGUCGAUACGCGUGUUAUGCGUAUAAAUUCGUACCACGGGCUCUGAUACCUUAUACCUCUGUUCGCGAUAUCAUUACCAUGUAAAUAAUAAUAGAGAUAUUAUAUGACAUAUUUAAUCGUUUAUUCCGAUACACAUUAUUAUCAUAUUACGCGCAUUAUUCGUCACUGUCGUACAUAGAAAACGGUGUUGUAAUGUUAUUAUUUAUUAUAUCGUUUUGUUUGUUAAGUAUAGAAUAGUAUUAUUAUGCUAUUAUUCUGAUAGAAUAUGUAUAGUAUAAGCGAUUGCGUUUGACUGUAAAACUUAACGGUUUUAUAGUCUUAUUCUCACUGUAAUAUUUGUAACCACGUCAAAAGUCUUAUGCUGAGUGAGCAACGGUGGCUAAUAUGGUCAGAUCGUCAGACACGAUGUUAUCAUAUUAUAUUAUUUGUAUUCUGCACCUUAAACAUAACUUGACUUAUUUAAAAUUUGAUUCUUCAAAUAUUUCAUAAUGACGUUGAGUUCCAACGAUCGUAUCUUAAACUCUGAAUAAUUCAAAUAGGUAGUCAAAAUUUGUUUGCUAAAUUGUAUAUUGUAUAAUCCCGAGGAAAUAGAAUGUAUACUUCCCUAAAUCUAAUGAUUUCAUCAUUUGUAAAGAAAUUUAUAGACUCUAAAUAAAUAAACUUAACUUAACGAUAAAGGCUUAUUGUUAAGUUGUAAAAAAUUCAUCGUAUAUUGAAGUAGAUAAAAAUUAAAAGUUACUGCU